ACAUGAAGUACCUACCCAACUUCCACUACACGCUUGAAUCAUCUUUACCGGCGAUUAAACCCUCUGUAGAAGAAUAUCAUCUAUAACAAUCCGCUUACUCGUGGCUACUUGCUAUUCUUCCAUCCCAACAGUUAGGAAAAGUGCGGUUCCAUACUGAUAUUCAACUGUCUUGGAAUCUGGAUUGCCGAUCGACGUGUACACAGUAAUGUAAAUGGUCUACUGGGUCUCUACUAGUGAUAGAUUGAGUUGAAUACAUCGUUAUCUUAGCCAGUAAAUUACGACCAAAUUCAUUCAAGACAAGACGUAAAUAGACACUUCUAAGGACUAUUUGUGGUUAAUUUUCUAUUUACCUCAGACUGGAUAUUUCUAAUUCAAUCCAAAGUGUUUCCUCGCUUCAACAAUUAUCCUCAUUCUCCUCGUUUACAUAAACUGGCCAUGGAAAAAAAGCUGUGACAAUCGAUCUCGUUUGUAAAAUCGUCGCCCUCUCUGCGUUGUUUAUCUUUUGAUUUACAAUUUUAACUAUGAGAUUUACUCCAAAAAGAUUUGCCCGUCUAGGGCUUUUGAUAUUUUCAUGCAUUGUGCUAUAUAUUAUUGUAAAUGUAGGGCGACACAAGUCCAAUUUAGACACUUUUUCAAACGAUGAUACCAAUGAACAGCUGGGACCUAUGUUGUUAAUCGACGAUUUUGAAACCCCUGAAAAACAUAAAAUAUCGAGAAGUGGCCCAGGUGAAGGAGGAGAGCCAGUAGAGACUAAACCUGCCGAAGAAUCGAAAAAACAAGAAGCAUACAGUGAAUAUGGUUUUAACCAGCUUGUGAGUGACCGAAUUUCAUUGGAGCGAUCUAUAAAAGACACAAGACAUGACGAGUGCAAAAAGCGAAAAUACCCUGUCGACUUACCCAAAGCAAGUGUCGUCAUAGUAUUCCAUAAUGAAGGAUGGUCCACACUUCUACGAACAGUACAUACAGUCCUCCUUAGAUCUCCAGCGCAUCUUCUUCAAGAGAUAGUUAUGGUGGAUGAUUUUAGCUCUAAAGAGCACUUAAAAAAGAAGCUUGAGGAUUACACAACCAAACUAGGAAAGAUUAAAAUAGUCCGCACAACUGAAAGAGUUGGUCUGAUCAAAGCAAGAGUCAUUGGAGCAGACAAUUCCAUUGGUGAAAUAAUCAUAUUCCUUGAUGCACACUGUGAAGCUAACAAGGGUUGGCUUCCACCUCUACUAGAAAGGAUUGCAUUGGAUCCUCAUACAGCAGUGUGCCCUACAAUAGACUUUAUCGAUCACAAUACAUUCCAGUACAAACCCAUGGACCCUUAUAUUAGAGGAACUUUUAAUUGGAGAUUUGAUUACAAGGAAAGAUCACUCACACCUGAAAUGAUGGCUCGACGAAAGGAUGCUACUCAGCCUGUAAAGUCACCAGUGAUGGCAGGAGGCUUGUUUGGAAUUAAUAGACUAUAUUUUAAAGAACUGGGACAAUAUGAUCCUGGAAUGUACAUCUGGGGAGGAGAACAAUAUGAAAUUUCUUUUAAGCUUUGGCAAUGUGGAGGUCAGCUAGAGAACAUCCCUUGUUCCAGAGUAGGCCAUGUCUACCGUCACCAUGUACCUUAUACCUACCCUAAACACGAUGCCACCCUUGUUAAUUUCCGUCGCGUGGCCGAAGUUUGGAUGGAUGAAUAUAAAGAGUGGCUGUAUGACCGAAGACCAGACCUCAAGAGUGUAGAUCCUGGAGACAUUAGUGACAGAAUUGCUCUCAGGAAUAGGUUAAAAUGCAAGAGCUUUAGAUGGUAUUUGGAGAAUGUUGCAAACGAUACAGUGAAAACUGCGUAUGAGCCUCUUAGGGCAAAUGGUGCUAUACGUAACCCUGCUAGUAACCUUUGUAUAGAUAGUAUGGGACGUAGGAGUGGCAAUGUAGGAUUGCAAGCAUGUCAUGGUCAGCAGGGAAACCAGGCAUUCCAAUAUACUUACAUUAAAGAAUUUAGGUUCGACGAGACGUGUUUUGACGUCCAUGACUACGUGUCUGGUGCUAAAGUAGAUUUAUUUCCAUGUCACGAGAUGAAGGGGAACCAAGAAUUUGAAUAUACCAAGGACAAGAAAAUCCGUCAUCUUACAUCUGGGAUGUGUCUAUCAGCUGCCGGGCAUAACGACUACCCGGUAAUGGAAACGUGUUCCAGUUCCGCAGACCAGAUCUGGGAGCUCACAAUGUCGGAUAUGUCCGACAUACCUCCUCUCUAUAGAAAAUUCAUGAGUAUGAAAAAACAUCUGGCAAUAUUCAUCCUCACUGCUCUGGGAGAGAACUACAUUACACCAAAAGUCUGCCCUGAUAGAGCUCCUUUCAAGGAUGACAGUGGUGAAUUCACGAGUCCAGGCAGCCCCAAAGGAUAUUUGAAUAAUACUCGUUGCACUUGGGACUUUGAAGUCGCACCGUUAGCUAAAGUCCAGAUCAUCUUCAAAGACUUUGACGUUGAACCCAGUAAAGACUGCGCGUAUUAUGACUACAUCAAGGUUACAGAAAACUGUGAUGGCUCUUGGAAGGCAGUCACUUCCCCUGCUUAUCCGACUAAACAAACAUUUUGUGGUAACCUAACUGUAUUCAACGUUACAUCCAACUGUGGCCGAGUGAGGGUAGAGUUUAAGUCCGAUGACUCCAUGACUGGAUGGGGUUUUAAUGCGUCGUACAAGAUCAUCAGAGAUAAACAGGCUCCGAAGAUCACGUGUCUUGGUCGUGACUGCAACGAUACCCAGUAUGAAAUCGCUGAAAAUGAUGUCCAAAUCGACUGCCGAGCCGAAGGGUAUCCUCCAGCACAGUUCUAUUGGACCAAACAUGGCGGGAGUUUGCCUUUUAACAAACGUAUAGAGUUUAACGGUACUCUUCGCUUGCCCAAAAUCAAAGAGAGCGAUACUGGGACCUACGAAUGUUACGCGAAUAAUUCCCAAGGAUCUGCGAAGAAAACAGUUGUUCUUCAUGUGUAUGAACGAUGCACGUGUCCAAAGGUCAUCAAGACAAACUGGUACAGCCUACCACCUUACAUGAACGAGCAAAACAUCGACAAGAGCAUUUUCAAGCAACUGCUCGAAGAAAUAUUUUCCAAAUGUUGUGGAAACUGUUCCAACGGCCACGGCCCUAGCACUAUCGACUUUGGCAACGGCGCAAUGAAAAAUUCACUUGUUGAAGUCAAGGACAGCUUGGCUGCCCCAGAUACUAUAUCUUUCCCAAUUCCAGGGAAAAAAGACGACACGGAAUACCAAAAUUCCUUCAAAUUCUUGUCCAUCGUCAGCUCCCCUGGAAUUGCUUUCAUAGUAGUAAACGAUGAACCAGGAACCUCUGCUCGUGCUGUUUUUAAAUCUGUUCUUGGAGGCUGGCCUGUACUGCUUCUGACAAUGAUUAUGGCAUUACUUUCUGGCAUGAUUAUGUGGGCUCUGGACACAUGGAAUAACCCGGAUGAAUUCCCGCGCUCCUUCAUCAAAGGUACUGGAGAAGGAUUCUGGUGGGCUUUUGUUACCAUGACAACAGUUGGUUAUGGUGAUCGAUCCCCAAGAGGCUACUUUGCUCGUAUUUUUGCCAUCAUCUGGGUUCUUGUUGGAAUUGUCAUCACAUCCAUCUUUACUGGCGUCGUUACCACUUCACUAACAGCCAUUACACUUUCAACAGAGACGUCGCUAUACGGAACCACGGUCAUUGCGAUCCAAAACUCCACAGAAUACAAGUUUGGCCUAAAUAAGAACGCUAAGGUCACAGGUGCCAUCAACUUAGAAGAAGUCGCAAACCGGCUCAAAAAACGAGAAUUCAAGGGCGCUCUCGUCGAUACCUACGUAGCAGGGGAAGUCAAAGACUUCGAUGAUCCCUCUCUGCGCGUCAGUAAGAUCAUUGAUUAUGAUUCUCACUAUGGCAUCGUGUUCGGUGAUGAGUCUGGUGCACCAUUGGCAAAGAGUAAAUUCCAGACUUGCAUGGCUGAUUACGUCUCAGAAACAAAGGCUGACAUAUUCAAGAGAGUUGAGUCCUUAACGAAGCCAUUAGAGAAACCAAAAGACAGCGAGGCAGUUGAGAAGUCAUCUGGACUGUUCGAUGCAGACUCAGAGCUAUUCAAAUCCUCUGUCUACACUUGCCUUGGUAUGCUGCUGUUCCUUGCGGCGUGUGGAAUCAUUUGGGAUUAUGGCUACAUGAGACACUGGAGAGGCCAUUCAGAACUAG